UAAGUUUUUUUUUCAGUUAACGUGGAAAUUGUAAACAUUUGGAGAUUUUUGAUUAAUAGAAGAAUUAAAGAGCAAAAAACAAAAAGAGUUUUCCAUAAAUGGAUUCGAAAAUAUUGAAGUAAAUGUUGAUAUUGUUUUCAGACAGCUUUUGGAAUUUUGCAUUAUUUAAUGGAUCCAGAUGUGGCUGCCAAUCUAAAUGGGAGCAUUCCCGAAAGUAAUUCCAAACCCACAACAGUUUAUUUUGGUGUGCAUAUACCCAAUGAUGCAAAUAAUGGGGAAAAUAAUGUAUUUGAAGACAAAGAUUCAGCAUUAAAAGUUGCAAAAAAACAUAAAAAAUCCAGAUUCAAACCCUUUCAAUUUUACCAUGAAGCAGUAGAUUUUUCCCUAUAUGGGUCUGAGUUUCCUAAUAACAAUUCUAUGAUUGAUGGCAUUGAUGGAGAAAAGAAAGAGUUAACACCUUUGGGUGAGAAAGCCAGUCCUUUUCGAACACCCAGACCCCAAGAAUUGACUGAAUUCAGAAGCAAGAUUGAGAAUAACAACUUAAAUAGUGUUAUAGAGAUGAUAGAAUUGAAUCCUAAGUAUUUGGUUAGCAGUGGAGAUACUCCAUCUAUUUUACAGGAAGGUGCAAGACUUAAUGCUUUACAUGUAGUAGCCAAAGUAAAAAAUUCAGAAAUUGCAGAGUACAUUUUAAGCACGAUCAGUAAUCCGGAGUUUGUAAAAAGAUUGUAUGGAGAUGAUAAUCAGGACAAUGCCAAUCAAAGGUGUAAAAUGUUGUUAGACCUAUAUUUGAAUACUCCGAACAAAGGCUUUAACGAUACACCUCUUCAUAUUGCUUCCAAAUGGGGUGCCGACACAAUAGUUGAAGUGUUGCUGUCUUAUCCUGAAUGUGAUAAAUCAAAGAGAAAUAAGCAUAACAAAUUGGCUGAAGAUGUGAUAUGCGAAAGAGCUGAUCCUAAAACUCCCGCUUUUGUGAAGAAGAAAAUUCAGCAGCUAUUAUGUGAUAAUUAUUAUGUUCCUGUACUACGAACCGAAGACAAUACACUUCCACCCGUCGUUGGUGUGCCUUUUUCUCCUACUAGCCCUCCUGUACUAAACAAAGAUCCAUUGAGCCCCAGACUAGAAAUCCACGCAUAUGCCGGGCCUAUGGACAAAAAAGAAGCUGAAACUUUCCGAAAAGUAUGGAAAACUCCUCCGAGGUCUUUAAAUUUCAAUUCGCCAAAUGCCAAAAGUUCCCCAGUAGAAAACUUAACUGCCCUUAGACUCAAAGAUCCCGAAAAAGGGUUGGAAAGAUUAGGAAAAAAAUUAGCAAGCAAUUACCAAGUUAGUUGGCACGAAUAUUGGGAAUUUUUGGACUGUUUUGUUGACAUAUCUUCGGAAGAGGGCCUCAACUUGUUGGAGAGUCAUUUGAGGACCAAAGAGAAAGAUUUACAAGACAAAUUUCAAGAGUGGUCGCCUAUGUCACCUUUGUCACACCCGCCAACUGAAGCGGUAAGCCCUAUGAGCAGUCUUUGCAACGCUUUUUCAGCAUGUAAAUUAGACGAUACGAAUAGUCCGUCUUUUUUGACCGAAUGGAAAAGUCCAAUUGACCAGCAGCAGGUUUGCCGUCCGUUGGUAUAUGUUGACAAGGCUUGUCAGGUGUUCGCUAAUCGCCUGGUAACUAAUGUUUAUAGAAUAUUAAGAUGUAGCGAACGAGAGUACGAGAGCACUGUAAAAGUUUUACAAACCGACAUUAAACUUUUGGAGCUUCUCAUAAAUAGCUACAUGGAAGAUGAUAGGUUCACCGAAUGGGUGAACUUUCAAAAGGUUCAUUCAAGAUUAGCACAUUUAAUAGCAAAAAAACUAAGAGAGAGUUAUAAAGACUGUGACGAAUCCUUUUUAGUUAACAAAUUUGAAACCCUUUUGGAAAGCAUAGUGAAAAAAUCUGACUAUUUUUCUUCCGAUGAUGAGGGUGUCGAUUUCAAAAAGGCUCCAAACAAACCCACUGUAUAUAGGAAGCAAGUGGUUUGUCUAUUGUCCCGAAUAAAAUCCACACUUGAAAGUCACUCAGUUGUAUCCGAUAUAGAUGAUGAUCAUUUAACUAUUAAUGGAUGGCAUUUGUUUAACGUAUGUAACUGUGUAUUUCAUCCCAAAAAGCCGAAGAAAAAUAACUUGUCGAGAAACAAUAGUUUUAAAAAUCAUUUGAGAAAACCUAGGAGGUUUGACCUACAGAAUGUGUCCAAAAAGCUCUUCGUCGGUGACGACCUUUUAACCAAUAAUCAAUUUAUCGGUGCUAAUGGUGACCUGGGUUUUAAUUUGAGCAGUGACAGUUCUAAAUCAGAUACCGACGAUGAUUUUUACACACCUCCGUCGUCGCCUAGUAAAAUUCAAAGUGAGUCCGCUUCGGACUCUGAAGAUCAAUUUAGUGAUGCGGAACCCCCAAAGUUUGAUUUAUUUUUAGAAGGGGCUUUUCCAACAAAAACUGACUAUGCCGUUUUUAAUGCCCUCAAAUAUGCCGAUUGUGAUAUUGACCUUAAGAAAUAUCCGAUGGUUUUUAACUGGCAUCAUUCCAUAUUAUUAUAUAAAGAAUCGGAACGGCAAGCUUGGCCAAGUCCACACGGUAAACAACGAACUCCUGAACCAGCAAGCCCGGUAAAAAGUUGUGGAACGCCUAGGCCAUCCUGGCUCAGAAUAACAGGGACCAAUUCUCCGAGGGCUGCGAUAAAGUCGUUCAGCCCUUCACGUAAUUAUUAGUUUAUUGUGUUGACUCGCAUUUUAAUUGGAUUCUUACCAAAUUGUUAAAACUAAGGCUUAAAACAUAAGUUAUUCUAAGACUGGAUUAAAUAUUCAUUAUUAUUGCUUACCGCAGACUGAAUUAAUUUUAACGGAUUAGUUUGUUCCA